GUUAUCUCAACAGACGACUGAGGAGGGAGCUUAGAGAUACAUAGAUUUAUCAAAACGACGAGCUUUUUCGACGUCAGUUAAGAUCACAAGUAGUUUGAGGUAUAGAUAAACAUGCAUCAUCCUAUUCAGUCUGGCGAAGGCAGUGAACUCUGUUCCACUCAUAUAAUAGCACUUCAAAAUCAGACACCAGAAACGUUGUGUGCUGAGCCGUCUAUCCUUGGACAAAUCAACAACCUCAGCCAUGAGCACGAGAAUAAAGAUAUGUUCCUUCCGUGUGCUCCCUCAAGCCCGCGUGAUAACUGUGGUAUUGUGAAAGAGGACGUGGCUCUACCAUUGAAGGGAGUGCAAGCUGUUUAUCCGCUGGAUGACUCGAUACAGGCCAACGAUUUAGCAUUCUUCAAAAAGGCUACUGGAAUUAAUGACGCAUCAGAGUUCAUAAACCAUAUCAUGGGAAUUCGUGAAUCGGCUUACAAAAGUUUCCCUUAUCCAUGCAUUUGGGGUUUUGAGUUUUUGAAGGGAAAAACAACCACCCAUCCAUUUUAUCGUCACAUGAAGGAAAACACACUUUCGAAUGAACACCAGAAGUUUUUUAUUGAUCUCGGAACUUUUUUGGGUGUUGACCUGAGACAAGUGGUUGAAGAUGGAUGGAACUCAGAUAACGUUUUAGGAGUAGACAUUCUUCCUGAAUGGAGAGACCUCGGUCAUCAGCUUUUUAGAGAUGGUAAUGAAGCGCUGCCUUUUUAUCUGGGGGAUAUUCUUCAAGUCAAGACCCUCAAUGACAACCCAUCGUCAGAGGCACGGCCAGUACUCGACCUCCGAAACUUGCAAGACCUCAACCAAUUGAAAGGGCGCGUCAGUUUUAUCUCUGCCAAUCAACUCUUUCAUCUGUUCUCAAAAGAUGAUCAAAAGGAAUUGGCCGAGCGCUGUGGACGACUUCUUUCUCAUGAGCCAGGUGCUGCAAUCUUUGGGACUCAAUUAGGCUUUCCUGAGGAAAAGCUUGAGAACUACAAGCUCCAUCUCCAUUCACCAGAGUCAUGGGAACAGAUGUGGAAGGAAGUACUGGGUGAAAAGAUUCAGGUGAUUGUUAAAUUAGAAGAGGCCGACGCCCAACAUCCCUAUCAUAGCUGUUCUCAAGUUGAAAGCCUUUAUUGGCUGUACUGGUCCGUGGCGCGAACUUGA